AUGACCCGGUCAUCACGAAGUCGACCCCGGCUUGGGCACACUAAGUCCAGGACGGGCUGCAUUCGUUGUCGAGGGCGUCGUGUCAAAUGUGACCAAACCAGGCCAGUUUGUCAGAAUUGUCAGCGCCACAACGUAGAGUGCUUUUAUGACCGGGUAGCAGAAACCGUACCGUCGCCGGGUGCGCCCCAACACGGUCAAGUUGCACUUACAACGACCCGUUCAGAGGUUUCCCCUUCUUCUACGUCCAUAUCCCCCAUGUCAAUACCGGUGCUACUUUGCAGUGAGACGAAAACACAUCCUCUUCAUGCAUCGUCGCCCUCAUCGUUACCAUCAUUAUCGUUUGGCCCUAGCCAGCGCAUGCAACUUCUCCUUUUCCACAAUUUUGCCGUCAAUACUAGCUCCACCCUGGCCGGGACUCACCUCCCGGACCUGUUACGCUGCUGGUCCGUUCAAGUUCCUCCGCUAGCCCUCGAUGAUGAACCCCUAUUUAACGCCCUGCUCGCACUCUUGGCACUGCACCUCAUCACCACCACCACCACCACCACUACCGCCCCAGAUCCGGAAUUGCUCUCUUGUCGGACUACCUGGCAUGGCAUCGCCCUGCAGCAGCAUCGGGAGUCUCUGCAGUGUGGGCCUGAGACCAUGAGCCCCAAGACGGCCAACGCCGCGUUCUUCACCUCCAUCCUCCUCAUGGUCUAUGCACUGUGCACCCUCAAAGACCGGCCAUUGACUCCAUACGAACCGCCGUUAUACUGGCUGCGCAUGGGCCAGGGGGUGCGGUCCGUCAUGGCCGCUGCUCUGGAGCAGGUGGCACAGGAUCCUGGUGCUGCUAUCUGGACCAUCAUCAGCGCAUCAUCAGAUCUGUACCACCAGGAGCCUGGGUCGCCUCGUGAAGGCAGUAUGCCGACUUUCCACUACCUCUUGCCUUUGACCACCCCCAGCCAAGACGCAGCAACAUUGGAUGCCACGGAAAAUUUGACGCAAAAAACCAUCGACGUCUACAACAAAACCAUCCGCCACCUCGGCCGCACGCAAGCCGCCAUCGAGUCUGGGGAGCAUGCCAUGGGAGUGGCCCGCCGCAUCACUUCGUUCCCCAGCCUCAUUCCGCCAGAGGCCAUGCUCAUAAUGGUGCGUUUGUUUGCCCUGAGUCUGCCGUGUAAGCACUUGUGGUGGUUUGGGACUGCAUUGGGUCGGGAGAUACGGGCGAUUCGCGACAAUCUGGCGCCCGAGUGGCAAGGGUUGAUGGACUGGCCGUUACAAGCGCUUCAACGGAGUGAGGAGUAG